CAGACUUUGGCCAAGAAAGUAGCUAGCUCAGCUCGCAAUACCCCGUCUACACCUAGGAGGCGAAGUACUAACUCUAGUCCCAGGCUAAGUCUGAUCACAAUGCCAGAGAUUAAAACAAUUCCUGCUGCGCCAUCGCUGAAUACUGAACGUCUUUCGGAUGUUAUGCUCCAGGGUGGCUCGAAUAAAGUUGACUUUAAUGUAUGCUCUUCCUUUACUUUGGGCCGGUGACUAAGGAAUGUACAAUGAUUUCACAGGGCGUUCAACUCCCUUCGAGCACAAUGUUCUCAAUCGAACCACCCCCAAGCGCAGCCCCCGCAAUAGAACCAACCGCCGAUCGCCACCACCCAACUUCAGAACCAGAACCACCCACUCCUACCCGGAACCAAUCCACCCAGCUUCCGUCCGCGGAUAAUCAUCAUCGUCGUCUUCGUCACUCGAAACGAUUCCCAUCAAUCCCCAGUCAUCAUGACAUCCCCGACAUUGAUGAAUUAUUGACCCCCAAACCCGUUUCCAAACAUAAACAUCGAAAACGGGGCAGGGAGAAAGAAAGGGAGAUGGACCAUCGAGUGUCACCCAAUGACGUUACGCCUGGUGAAUUGGAGGAAGAGCCACGCCAGAAGGAACGCAAGCGUCGUUCAAAGCAUCAUAAGAAGACGAAGGACAGAGACGUCCUCACGAUGACAACAGGGUCAACUUCUGCCGCCGAGAGUUUAUUUUCUGCCCUUGAACUAGAACCUCAGCCUAAAUUCCGGCUAGAUUUUGGACCCGAUGUCGAGCCAGAACCGGAACCUGUACCAGAGCCAGAGCCAGAGCCACCGCGUUAUCCACUGGAGGAACAUUUAUUGCUGCCUAAUCUCUUGGCACCCCUUCUCCCUUAUUUGAAUUUCCGGACGUUUUAUAAUUUAUGGACUGUUUCUCGCGCAGUGUACCGGGCCAUUGAGGAGGUGGAUGAACUGCGCGAGCUUGUGUUGUUGCGGUAUUUAUCAUCAGUUGGGUAUCGAACUUGGACGUUUGAGCGUCGGGAGCCUGUCAUCAUCAGUGUGGGGGUACGAUCAUCCUGUCUUCUCCCCCGGGUUAUUCAAAGCUAAUAUAUAACGUCAUACGGGAUCGUUAAUGAUGCUAGGAUCUCAAUGCGUAUCUUCGCGGUGUUAACAUCCCAGUUCAUCAA